UUUUUAUUUAUUUAUCUCGAUAAUGACUCAACCUAACGAUGGUAUCAAAGUAGUAGAUGCUGAACCAGCAGCACCUACUCAAGCUUCAUCUAUGAAUGCCAAUGCUUUGUUGAACAACACAUUAGAUGGUUUUGCUAAUUUGAGUUCUCGUAUUAAUCCUUUUGCUCAAAAGUUAAACAAAGGUCUUGGCCAAGUGAGACAGUAUGCUCAAGAAAAGCUGGGUACUGCUGAAAAUGUUACUGAGCUUCCUCAAGAAUACAAGGACUUAGAAAAGCGUUUGGAUGCUCUUCGUAAUGUACAAGCCAACAUGCUCAAAGUAUCUCGUACUUACAACAACUCAUCAUAUGAUUAUCCUGUUCAAAUCCAACAAUCCUUGAUUGGAAUGACCAACACCAUGACGCGAGAAAUCCAACAUUUGACUAACUCUGCUGCUGACCGUUCAGCCACUGUUGAAGCAGAAGAACCUAAGACGUUGCUUCAUGGCCUUUCUCGUAUUGCAGCUCAAGGAUCGGAAGCUAUUGGUGUCCAAGAACCCUUAGGUACUGCUCUCUUCAAAUACGCUACUAUCACUGAAAAAGUCGCUGAUGCACGUGUCAAGAUGGACAAGACCAUUGUUGACAAAUUCAACAAGCCUGUCCAGACAACACUGAACUCAUCGAUUGAACAAGCCCUUAAAGCACGUCGUAAUGUUCAAUCUAUUCGUCUUAGUUUAGACGCCUGUAAAGCAAGAUAUCGAUCUGCUCGUCCCGAAAAAUCAGAAGCUGCUCGAUUAGAAGUCGAACAAGCCGAAGAUCAGUUUGUUGCUGCUGUUGAAGAAGCCACCAAUCUCAUGAAGGCUGCUCUUGAGAACCCAGAGCCCUUUAGAAAUUUGGCUGACUUGGUUCAGGCUCAAUUACAAUACUUUAAAGAAGCACAAGAACUUUUAUCUGAUCUUGCACCUGAAUUGGAUGAAAUUCAAGUCACUCAAGAAUCUUUGUACAGAAAUAGCCGCGUUUAAUAAAGUCAUGGUUGUUACACAUACUAAACAAUCACAUGAGAAUUUC